AUGUCGUCCGAUUUUUCCUUGCCUAUGAAGAAAUUCAAGCUGGUGUUUUUGGGUGAACAAAGUGGUAUGUUUGUGUUUAAAAACGGGUUUCUAGUAUUUUAGGUAUUUGAAUAGCAUCUUCCAGCGCUUUUAUUAAGAAAUUUAGGAGUUUAUAAGCUUUAAAAGUAUAAAAUUAACUCUGAAAUGGAUUUAAGUUACCCGUAUAUUCAAUAUUUAAAUGUUGAACUAAUCUUUUGACGUUUUUAGUUGGCAAAACUUCUCUUAUCACAAGAUUUAUGUAUGAUAGUUUUGACAAUACAUACCAGGCCACGAUUGGAAUCGAUUUCCUUAGCAAAACAAUGUAUUUGGAAGACAAAACAGUAAGGAGAAUUAGAUAUUGUUAUUGGGUUUUAGAGGUUUUGUGAAUGUUUGAGAUCUUGAUGUCCAUGAAGUUGAUAAGGAAUUGAACUAGUUACCAGUUCGUUAGACCAACGCGUUGGCCAACAUUUAUUUUGGGGUCCGAUGAAGUUAUUGUUGUAAAUUUUAGGUGCGUUUACAACUAUGGGACACAGCAGGCCAAGAGCGCUUCAGAUCGUUGAUACCUUCUUAUAUACGCGAUUCUUCUGUAGCAGUUGUUGUUUAUGACAUUACUAGUAAGUUCUAUCAAUGCGUAUACUUGUGUUCUGUUUUUUUUAAAUAGCUUAAGGACGCCGAAAAGCAUCAAGUUUACAUAAUUUUUAGAUGCAAAUUCAUUUCAUCAAACAUCUAAAUGGAUUGACGAUGUGAGGACGGAACGUGGAAGUGAUGUUAUUAUCAUGUUGGUUGGUAACAAAACAGAUCUUUCUGAUAAAAGGUAACAUGAAUAACAUUUUUAUCAAUUGAAACUUAUUUUUGAGCCCUAUACUUAUAAAUAUUUAAAAUACGCUUUCUUUAUGUCAUUUUAUCAACUGAUUUUGUAUUUUAGACAAGUGUCAACAGAAGAAGGAGAACGAAAAGCAAAUGAGCUGAAUGUCAUGUUUAUUGAAACUUCAUCAAAAGCUGGUUAUAAUGUAAAACAGGUUAGCCUUUCGAAUUUUAUCGUGAGAAGUAUUAGCUGUGUUCUGGUAAUCGAGGAUUUUUAUAUAGUUUUAGGUAACAAACUUUAUUUUUAACUUGAAGGGUCUGAUUACUUGUCUUACUUGAAGGGUCUGAUUACUUGAACUUUAUUUUUAACUUCAACAAUUUUUCCUCCAAAAUUCUUACAAUAAUCGUUUAUGUUUUAGCUGUUCCGUCGCAUCGCUAACGCUCUGCCAGGCACGGAGAACGACCGUCAGGCUGAUGCUCGCCAAGUGGUCGAUAUUGGACCAAUAAAACCAAGGCAGAUCGUCACGGAUGAAGGAUCGUGCUGGUGCUAA